AUGAAGUUCGGCAAAACGCUCCUCAAUCACCAGAUCCCAGAAUGGUCCAUCUUCUACAUGAACUACAAGCACUUGAAGAAGAUCAUCAAGACCAUCGAUGCGGUGUUUGACGCUACCAUCGACACCAACGCCUCGGAGGUGAUCUCGUCGGUACUCUCGACGUUCUUCUUCGAGUUAGACAGAGACAUCGAGAAGGUCAACGAGUUCUACAACAACAAAUUCAAGGAGUACAACCGUCGACUCGACCGGUUGAUCCAGGUGCUUGGCUACUCCAACUCCACCAUCAACCACCAGAUCGAGUCCAACGAAGAGUUGGACGAGAUCAUCUCCAUCUUGCUCGAAUUGAGGUCCAUCUUCAGAAACUUGAAGUGGUUUGGCGAGUUGAACCACAAGGGGUUCGUCAAGAUCUUGAAGAAAUUGGACAAGAAGUUAAAGUUGACCAUGACCUCCUUGGAGAACGUCGAGGACUUGGCCAACUCCGAAAAGUUCUCCUUCGAAUUGUCCAGCAACAACAAGGAGACCUAUUUAUCCACCAGAGUCGAGGCGUUGCCGUUCUCCAACGGGAGUGAAUUGCUCGCCAGUUUGGACACAAUUAACGAUAUAUUGAACAAGUUGAGUGACGAAGAGGAUUUCACACCUGGGAACGACCAAACCGCAAAGAGUUUUGAAUUCUUGAAGAUCGGUAACAGAAGAAGGUAUUCGUUCGACCAGGAGUUUUUGCAACACUACUAUGAGCUUAUUUACCAGAACCAACACGAAACUUUGCUCACAGAACUUUCAAAUAUCACCGAUAAGUCCAAGCUUACCCUUAAAUUCUUGAUUUCACUCUUGUCAAAGGCGGCCAUGGUUAAUUCGACUGAUAGUAUCGACGUGCUUUUUGAUUACUUGACCAAUUAUGUGCAUGACAACCCUAUUUAUGAAGGCAAUCCUUUAUAUGACAAAUCUGAUAUCAGUGGAAGAAACUUCUUCCAUCAAUAUAUCACCAGUUUGGGUAAGAAUCAACUCAUUAAGCAACAAAAAGUUACCCCUGGUGAGUCAGCUGAUAUGGAUCGUUUCUUCGGUAAUAAGAAUGGCCCCGAUGGUGGUAAUCAAAUUUCCGAUAACUCAAUCAAUGGUUUGAAACACAUCUUAGAAAAAUUAAAUGAUCCACAGUUAAGAUCUGUCUUGGUCGCCCACGACAACUAUAAUAGGACCCCACUUCACUACUGUGCUCAAUAUGGUUUGAAGGAUGCUACCAGAAUUUUGCUUGAAGUUCUCAUUAAGUGGAAACUUAUAGACCCUAAGGUAUCCAUCGAUAAUGUAGAAGUUUGGGGUGACCAAGAAGGUUUGACCCCCUUACAUUUAUCAAUCAUCGGAAAACACCCAAAGACUACUGAAAAUCUCAUUGUUGCUAACAAUGGUAAUACCUUAUGUUGUCCACAAUUGUUGUUACUUGCAGUAAGACUCAACAACCCAUUGAUCUUAAAUUCCUUGAUCUCUCAAGGAAAUAUCGACAUUGACUACACUGACUUGGAGCAUAACAAUGAAACUGCUUUAUAUAUUGCUUCAAAGUUGAUGCUCUAUGGCUUAGUGGAAUUCUUGUUGGAGAAUGGUGCAAAUACUGAAUUGGGGGAAAAUGUCUUUGGUUGGACUCCAAUUUUCAUUGCUGCAGCAGAGGGUGACAAGGCGGUAGUCAAGUUACUCAUUGAAUUUGGUUCUAAGUUCGAUAUUUUUGAUUACUCCGGUUGGUUGCCUAUGGAGCAUGCAAGUUUGAGAGGACAUUUGGAAGUCGCUGAUUUGUUACUGCCAAAGGAUGUGAACUUGUUGUUGUAUGAUGUGAAUAAUCCAGAAAACAACUUGCCCAGAACCAAUGGUAUCCCUAGUCCUACAACUGCAUCGGGUAGACCCACUGUCACCCCUAUGGAUACUUCAGAACUGAUUAAUAGAUCGGUGUCUCCUGAUAUUGAAUCAUCAAUCGAUAGGUUACCAGAAUCAACCAAGAAAUCUGUCAAUCAAGUUUACAAGCAAUUAAAGGGGAAUGGAUCUUCAUCUUCGAUUAUUAACAGAUCAAAAUCACCAGGAGCUAGACAUAGAACCAGAAAUGUGAACCCCAUCAAAUCUUUUGGUCAUCGUUACUUGAAUACGGAAGAAUCUUUGAUCUUAAUCACUUUAGGAACUACUGAUUUGAGGGAUCAUUCCAAACCGAUUGAUUUGAACAAAAUCACCUUAGCGAAAACAUUUUUUACAGAACUAGAUACUGCUUUGUCCUUGAAAAUCACCUGUCGGGACAAGUCGAAUAAUGUUCCAGUGGAACCUCCUGUCAUUAUUGAUUUACCAUUGGAGGAUCAGCAUGGUAGUGCCACGGAUCCAAUUACCUUUAAAUUGAACAAUGGUCUCGAAUCAGAUGAUGUGAUCAUCACCUUCGAUUUGAUUCCAACCUAUCAGUACACCACAAAAAAGGAAAAAAUAUUAGGUAGAGCUAUUGCGUUGUUGAAAGAUGCUUACACUAGGGUCGGUCCAAAUCUUAGAUCCUUGAAUAAUAACAUCACAUUACCAAUCCUUGAUUCCACCAGUUUAGACAUUUUGGGCAGUUUGAGGUUCGAGUAUCUCUGUGUUAAAUCGUUCAAUCAUUCAUCCAUGAGUAUUGGUAGAUCUGAUACUUACUGGAAACAAUUGGUAUCAACUAGAGUUAUUGGUCACAGAGGUUUGGGUAAAAAUGUCAGUUCAAGAAAUUCUUUACAAUUGGGAGAAAACACUGUGGAGUCUUUCAUUGCGGCAGCUUCUUUAGGGGCUUCUUACGUCGAAUUUGAUGUCCAAUUGACCAAAGAUUUUAUCCCAGUUGUUUAUCACGAUUUCACAGUUGCUGAAUCUGGUGUUGACAUUCCUAUGCAUGCGUUGACAGUUGAACAGUUUUUGGGUUUGAAGGAUGAUGAAAAGCAGCACAAGCAUUCAAGCCAUAGCCAUCCUCAAGUUACCCAGGAUGAUGAUAUUGUUCAUAAGGUCAAUAGGCCAAGAUCAUUAUCCUCAUUCCCAUCAGCUCCAAACUUCCAGAAUAAGUCCAAGAGCCACACUCAAUUCAGUUCCUCCUUGACAUCGACUGCGGAAGAUGAAAGAAUUGAAAGAGAGUACAAGGAUCAGAUCAACAAGAAGAUGAUGCUCACCAAAACAUGGAAGAGUAAGGGUUUCAAAGGUAACGCUAGAGGAUUGUCGGUUGCCUCCAACUUUGUGACUUUGAAAGAAUUGUUCAAGAAGUUACCAAAGAGUAUUGGUUUCAACAUAGAAUUGAAAUAUCCGAUGUUAGAUGAAGCAGAAGAAGAAAGUAUGGGAGAAAUUGCCAUUGAUCUUAACUUCUAUGUGGACACAAUCUUGAAGGUUAUUUAUGACGAAAAUACCGCUGCUAGAGAUAUCAUCUUCUCAUCAUUCCAUCCUGACAUUUGUUUGUUACUCUCUUUGAAGCAACCCACCAUCCCUAUUUUAUUUUUAACGGAGGCGGGUACUGCUGAAAGAGCAGAUAUCAGAUCGUCAUCCCUUCAAAACGCCAUCAGAUUCAGUAAGAAAUGGAAUCUCUUGGGUAUUGUUUCUGCCGCUGAAACUUUAGUUAAGACUCCUAGGUUGACCCAAGUUGUCAAAUCUUCAGGUUUAGUGUGUGUGACAUACGGUACCGAGAACAAUGAUCCCGAGCUCGCCAAGAUUCAAAUGAAGGCCGGUGUUGAUGCUGUUAUAGCCGAUAGCGUUUUGGCUGUGAGAGAGGGUUUGAGAAAGGACCAGGAGAGCUUGAAGGAAGUGGAGGACUCGGCCAGCGAGUAG